GGUCUGAGGUCCGCAUUAACCUCUCCUACAUCACAGAAGCAAAAGAAUUGAAAACUUGUGUAAAAAAGCAUGCAGCGAAACAGAGUUCUUGCGUUCUUUUUGCUAGCAGCUCAGCUUUUGGUGCAGAUACCUGGAAUGUGUGCAAAAGUUCCUGCACUUAUCGUAUUUGGGGACUCAACUGUGGAUUCAGGCAACAACAACCAGAUUUCUACUGUUCUGAAGAGUAAUUUUCAGCCUUAUGGCCGGGAUUACUUUGACGGCAAAGCCACUGGGAGAUUCUCAAAUGGUCGGAUUGCACCAGACUUCAUUUCUGAAGGUUUGGGACUCAAGAACGCAGUCCCUGCCUAUCUAGAUCCAGCAUACAACAUUGCAGACUUUGCCACUGGUGUCUGUUUCGCUUCAGCUGGAACUGGCUUAGACAAUGCAACCUCUGCUGUGUUAUCUGUGAUGCCGCUUUGGAAGGAAGUGGAGUACUACAAAGAAUAUCAGACUAGGCUAAGAAGCUACUUGGGUGAAGAGAAAGCUAAUGAGAUUAUUAGUGAAGCACUUUACCUGAUUAGUAUCGGAACCAACGAUUUCCUGGAGAAUUACUAUCUUCUUCCCCGAAAGUUACGGAAGUACUCUGUGAACGAGUACCAAAAUUUCCUGAUAGGAAUCGCAGCAGAUUUCGUGACAGAUAUUUACAAACUCGGAGCUCGGAAGAUGUCUUGGUCGGGACUCUCUCCUUUUGGAUGCUUGCCCCUGGAAAGAACAACUCAGCUCUUUUAUGGAAGCAAAUGUAUCGAAGAAUACAACAUUGUGGCUAGAGAUUUCAACACCAAAAUGGAAAUGAAAGUCUACCAGUUGAACAGAGAACUGGACGGAAUCCAGCUUGUGUUUUCAAAUCCAUAUGACCUUGUUUCAGAAAUCAUAUACCAUCCUGAAGCAUUCGGUUUCCAAAAUGUAAGGAGUGCAUGUUGCGGAACGGGAUACUAUGAGAUGAGCUACUUGUGUGAUAAAAUGAACCCAUUCACAUGUUCUGAUGCAAGCAAAUAUGUGUUUUGGGACUCAUUUCACCCAACAGAGAAGACAAACGCCAUCGUAGCAAGCCAUGUUCUGAAAUACGACUUAUCUCGGUUUCAUUGAUAAAUAAGAAAGUGCUACUGCUACACCACAAGCACUAUAGUUAUUAGUUAACCUUCUACAUUCUUUCCUCCACAAGAUAUAUAUUUUUUCUCCAAGUUUCUUGUCUAGAUAUCACUCAAAUCAAGCUUUCAGAGUUGUUGUAAAAGAACCAUUCUUCUUACUCUAUGUUCUUGUAACUACAUAAAGAUGCUAUUAUAAAGAUGGAUAAGAUCA